CCCUUAUCAGGAAGACGAUCAAGGAACAUGACUCCCAUACAGAGAUUAGGAAGCCAGCUAGAGAUGUUACCACCAGAUGAUGAGCCAUCCAAAGAUCGACCUGGAUCUAGGACUUCCAGUCGCACCAGUCAUCGGCCUUCUAGUUCCUCAGAGAAAAGUCCUCGUCAGACACAGAGUGCUGGGUCAUCAGGUCGGAGGUCACGCCAAGGUCAAGAGGAACAUGAUGCUGGAUUCAAUAGGGCUAACAGUUAUAAUGGUCUUGCUUCGCCUCCACCAGGGGAAUCUAGACCAGGCAGUACGAUUCACAAACAGGUUUCUUUGACCACUGUCAAGAGAAACUAUGAAACGCAUGGAAUUCCAAAGAAUGAAAAUUGGGACUUUGUGCCAGAAGACAUCGCCAAACAAACACCCUUAACAAAUGGAACAAGCCAUACACAUGUAGACAGAAACAAGACUAUAGGAGCCACUGGUGGACACUCCCACAAAGAUGAGGGGGUGGUGGGAGUGGGCAUAGAUGGAGGGAAUGGUGAUGGGGUUAAUGUGUUGUCAGAGAAGGAACGUACAGAGGAGAGAUUGAAUUAUCUGAUGGAGCAGUUGAGAAUGAAGGAUAAAGAGAUCAAACAACAUGAAGAGAAGAGAAAGUCAGGUAGUGCAGCUAAGAGGAAAGAUUCUUUAGUAAAGAAUAGAGAAGACCCUUCCACUGUCACUGACUCAUACUAUGUUUCAACAGUUGAAGAGCCUGCUCUGAGUAUAGGAGCUACUGCUGGACCUCCACCAUUCCUUGAAGAUAGAAAAGAAGAUAAGGCUGAUAAUACUGAAGUAGCUGGUGAUGAAGAGGAUGAUGAGGAGGAGGAUGACGAGGAAGAGGAAGGACCAACUGCUCCAAUUGAACUCAUGGGAGAAUUCUUAGAUUCUGUGAUGGAAGAAGACUAUGAAACUGCAGAUAAGCUGUGUAAAAUGAUUCUUAUAUAUGAGCCUGAAAAUGCUGAAUGUCUGCAAUUCAAGCCACUGAUUGAAGAGAUGCUGAAAAGAUUAUGGCACUAUCAGCUGUAUGGAAGCAGCAGUGAAGACGAGAGCAGUGAUGAUGAUGAAGAAGAUGAUGAAGAUGAAGAAGAUGAUGAGGAUGAUGACAGUGAUGAUGACUCUGAAAGUGACAGUUCUGAGGAGAGUGAGGAGGAGGAGACAAAAGAAAAGACUGAUUCUAAAUCUGUGGUUUAUCCAAAUACUGCAGAUACUUCAAAAUCAGAUGCCAUCCACUGAUAAAUGACUAUGAUGGUGUGCUUCAAGAAUGUUGCUAAUAUGAUGGUUUGUCUUCACUGUACGGAAUUAUAAAUGAUCUACAACAAUGAGUCAGUGAUUCACUUACCGUUUUGUUGACUAUAUCGCUUGUUACAGAUCACUAUUGUCUAUCAUGAUUCCUUAUGACUCUGACUUUUAUGCAAAGGAGCCAUCAAAAUUUAAUCAUCUAAAAAGGCACAUUUAUAAACUUAAAUGUGCCUUUCCUUUUUGGAGUAGUUUGAGAAGCAAUAACAUUAUUCUAUAAUUGGUUCUCAAAGGACUCUGCAGUUUAUCUUCAUUGUGUGGAAUCAUAAAUGAUCUUCAGUCAGUGAUGGUUACAUCAGCUGUCAACUGUAAAUGCAUAUCUUGAUGCCUAUUUAUACUGACUUCUAUUCAAAGGAUUCGCCAGAAUUUUAUCAACUACCAAGGUGUGUCCAUCAACUUAUCAGCAGCUUUGCCUUUUUUUCGGUAUUUAAAAGAGGUUUAAGGCACUUGAAUGUUAUUCUAUUGUUGAUCUUCAAAGGACCAUGCACCUUAUCUCCAUUGUGUGGAAUCAUAAACGAAUAACAGUGACUAGGCAGUGAUUCACUUGUGUAUGAUGGAUACAUUGGUUGUUAUCUGCUAUUGCAUAUCUUGAUGGCUAUUUAUAUUGACCUUUAUUCAAAGGAACCACCAAAAAUUCAUCUACUACAUAGGCAUGUUUAAAAACUGCUCAGCAGAUUUGCCUUUUUAGAGUAGUUCAUGAAGCAAGAUGGUCACUUGAUUGAAUAUUCAGCUUAUCUUGAAGAUACUAUAUUUAUUACUUGUACAGGCAAGCUGAACACCAUGUUUAUACUAUAUCGUCUGCGACAAGUUUAGCAUGCAUAACUUCAAGUGUACUUAGGGCAUCAAGUGAUAGAGUGAUCCUUUACAGAAUCUCACAAAGCCAAUUUGUCAUCAGAGCGUUCAAACAUGUUAUUUUUUAUAGAAUUCAUCUCCUUUUAUUCAUUUUUUUUUUGUUUAAAGGGUUUUGGGGGGUGUGUCAUUCAAGAUUUUUAUUAUUAUCUAAGUAUUUUUUAAUAUAUUCAUGCAGUUAUUAUUUUUUAAUGAAUUUUGUUAAAGUGUUAGAUGGAUGCACAUUAUUGUCAGUCCAUCCGUCCAUCUUCCAGUGUCUUAAAAUCUUCUACAAGAAGUAGAGUGUGUUGAAUUUCCUUGUAUUUCUUUUGUUGUUGAAAUUCCAUGGAGUAUUUUGGUUUAGAAUGUCAUACAAUUAUGAGACUAUAUCAAUAUGUUGUUGAUAACAAUCAUAUUUUUAUGAUAAAUUGUUGAAUGCCAUAUAAGCAAUAAAAACAAUGAAAUCUAUAUAAAAAGGGUUUUUUUUAGCACUAGGCACAUAACCCUAUCUAGUAGGCAUCAAGCACUGGAAAGUGAAAGUUAACAGGUUUUCAAAUGCAUAAACUAAGAGUAAACAUUGAUAAUAUUAUAUGGUAAUAAGAAUAACCAAGGAAAUCAUCAAUAGACCUUGUGCAUAUGAUGUCACAAUCUCAUAUAGCGCCCUUCCUCAGAGGAUAUAGGAAUACACGUAAAUCAAGUUGUCAGAGAUAUGCCAGCUGUAAUGCAAUUGCUUCAGCAUCUAGAAUGGCAGCAUGACGACAGCAGUACAUAACUAGAGGAUAUCAAGACCAGAAAUGUUGGACACAUUUUCAGUUACUACAAUGAAUUAAAUACAGUUUGUACACUUACCAUAAGAUUGCUACCUUAACUAAACUCUAGCUUAUUUAGCUGUGGCUUUUUGGAAUGCUGCUAAGUAUUUUGUCCCUUCUAAUGCUUCAUUUCUUGCAUACACAACACAAGGGAUGUAAAAAAAAGCCACUGUAAACUCCUGCAUCCAGCUAUGCCGUAGUAAUCUUUUUGUUAAUGUGCUGAAUACAGUUACCAAACAGGUCUCUAUGAGUCAUGCCAAACAGGCAUAGUGUAGUCAUGGAGUGGCACAUAGUUUAUGUUAUCACACAUCUGAGCUUGUAAUUUACAAAACCGUAUUGCCCUAGAUUUUUUAAAUAAAGGGAUAGGUAUCUUAUUUGUAUUUUGCUCGGUCUCUUUACACGUAUUGACUUUGCAUGCAGAGACGAUGCAAAAUGUACCUUUUUAUUUUCCCUGGGCUCGUAUCCUUGCAUUUUGGGAUGCGCAGAAAAAGAUACGCUUCAUAAUGAUCUGCGCAGCAACGCUAUACGUCAUAAUCAUAGUGCUGUAUUCUGGUGCUGGAUAUGCGUCCCUAGGGACGAGAUCUUAUAAUUACAAGUAUGUCACGAUUGUACAAUGCAAAGCCUAGCCCCUGAUAUAAACAUGCAAUAGAACCCUAUGCAUAAAAGAAUCAUGUCCAUUUUCAUGAUUUUUGCUCUAGAUGUCUGAUUUGGAUGAUAAUAAAAAUAUUGAAUGACUCUUCUUUCGGGGAAACAUCAAAUAUAUUGCCCUUAAAAGAACCAUAUUGCCUUUGUCUAAAGACCCUGACCAAUAUGAUUCUGUUGCGGGCAAUAUAUUGUAUGCACCCCUCAAAACCAGUCAAUAUUUUAUAAUUAUUUUGUUUGCUUAGUAUAUCCCUGUAAAAUGAAACUUUUUUUGUCAUCAUUACUGUGAAAGUUUAUGGAUUUAGUUCAUGACACUUGGACAUAUGAAGAGCAAAAGUAUUUUAUCAUUGUAUGAAUGUUUUCAUUUGUGAAUAAUUUUCAAUAGUUGUUUUAAAAUUUAGCAGUGUUGCUAUAUUGAAUCGCGUACUGCAGGCGAGACUGCCAGAGGCAUUGUUUUCAAAGAAACAUAUUUUUUCCCCGUAUCUUUGUGUGGUGCUUGAUGUACAUGUAUUUAUGAUGUAUGUAGUUAUAUCAAAGCUAGUAAAAGCUUGAUAACUUAAAGUUUGAAGUGAUUGGCUUCAUAUCUUGCAUUGUUUGGUACCCGUUAAAGAUGCAAGGGAGCGUUUGGUGCAUACCAAUUAAAAAGAUAUCAAAGUAUAUAAAUAACAUUGAAUGUGUACUCAAAACCCACAAAACUAACC